AUGAAGACCUGCAAAUGGAUAAUACAUUUACAAAACGACACAAAUAGGGUUUUGAUCAUCUUUAUGACAAUUGCCAUCCUCGAACACAUUUUAGCAAAGAUCGUAGGCCUGGUUAAUGUCAUGGAAUGUGACGGUUUCGAGUACAUUAACCUAGCUUCGUUCUUUAAGUAUUUGCCUCAGUCCAGUGCCUUCAAGAUCUCCAAAGGUGGCAUUUUGUCAGACAUUAUUAAUUUGACAGUUGACACUCAAUUGACCUUUUCCUGGACUUUCAUCCACGUAUUUCUGAUCAUCAUGUGCAAGGCAAUGACCAACGUGCUCAAACAUGUUACAGAGAAGAUAAAGAACGCAGCAAAAGCUGAAAUUGAAGCUGUGCACGUUUGGAGGGCUCUGAGAGAAGAUUAUAACCGAGUUAGCAAGCUGUGUAGAGUUAUGAACAAUAAACUGGACUUGCUGGUGCUGUUUUCAUUCUCCACUAAUCUAAUUUUUAUACUCCUACAGUUGUUCAACAGCUUGAGGCCCAUCAAGAAUAAUUUAGAAAGGGCUUACUUUUAUUUUUCAUUUGCCUUUGUCAUUCUUAGAACAUUUUUUGUAUGUCUUUAUGGUGCUGAAAUUCAUGAGGAAGGGAGGAAACCUUUGGAGGUACUCAAUAAGGUCUCAGAUAAGAUAUACAACCAGGAAAUUGAAAGGUUGAUUCUUCAGAUUGGAUCAACUGAUAUUGCUUUAACUGGGAGAAGUUUUUUCAUUGUCACCAAAAGUUUAAUCCUAAAGAUAGCUGGAGCCAUCGUAUCUUAUGAGCUGGUUUUAAUUCAAUUUAAUGGAGACUUCCUCAAAAAUAUUUAAGAUAAAAGUGUAAC